UUGCGGAAGGACGUAAUUCGGCGCAACACCCCCGGAUAUUAUCGGUCGUCCUCUGGUUGCACAGCUCUCCAGUUUCCAGUCGCCCUUCAGUCCUGUCAGGGAGAGUCCAGUUCUCUGUGAAGACAAACAAUACUGUUAACUUUAAACCAUGGCGGGGACAAUUGCACGCAAAGCCAUCGACCACCUGAAGAGUAAGGAGUUCAGGGAUUAUUUGACGAGCACGCAUUUCUGGGGACCAGUAGCAAACUGGGGUCUUCCCAUCGCUGCCAUCACAGACAUGAAAAAGAGCCCUGAAAUUAUCAGCGGCAGGAUGACCUUUGCUCUGUGCUGUUACUCUCUGCUCUUCAUGAGAUUCGCCUACAAGGUUCAGCCUCGUAACUGGCUCCUCUUCGCCUGCCAUCUGACCAACGAGUCGGCACAACUGGUCCAGGGAAGUCGCCUCAUCAAAUACAACAUGGAGAAGAAGUCAUCCUAGUGGUGAAGUGAAAUCGGUGCAAUAAUGCAGAAUGCUGCUUCAACAAACUACAUUUGGACACCAGAACUCCUUCAGCAGAUCAGCGAAGCUGUUGCCAGUUUUGUCUUUUUGACUGGAUGGUACCAUAAUUGAUCACAAUUUAGCUUUCACUUUAAUCCACAAGGAAAUAAAAAAAAAUAAUAAUAAUAAUAAUAAGCUUUUCUCCAGUAGUUUCGAUCAGUUAUUUUUAGAUUUUACAUGGAAUAAAACCUAAAUGAACUAACGGUGACGGAUGCCUUGCACACAGAUCUAUGGCUGCAGCAACUUAUAAAAUAGACCCUCACAGUCAAUUUUUGUUGGAGAAAAAAAUAUUGUUACACUGUAUCCUUUUAAAACAUGGAUAUUUAAACAGACGGGAGGUCAGAUUGAGCAAAAAUGCACAGACAGUAAUUCUGGAGAAACUUAGAUAUUGUCCUCCAUAUUGUCACCCUUUUUUAGAUACAUAGGACUUACUGAGGCAAAAUGACAAAAAAAAUGAAUCUGUCAUUAUGGUUCAAGUUUGGUAUCAUUUUACCUCCUAUGGCAAAAAGUGCAAAUUAGAAAAUAUUGAAAUGAACAGAUGUAAAUAUGAAAAACAUGAGGCUUUGUUUAAAAGCUAAGGCUGUUCAGAUUAUCCUGUAAAAUUGUUCAAAAUAAAAUUCUGUUAAGUGUUGACCACACAUGUAGUCACGUCUAAUUGACAUUAAUUUAAGGUUCUUGUAUGAUUCUCCUGAUUUUCCAGAGUAAUUGUUUGGAUUCUUUAGACAUGUUUUGAAUAAACUGGACUGGAAAAACAA